AACUUGGUACUGCUCUGUAGAUAAUUAAUUCAUAUCCUUUUGUUUCACAGAUGACGUUUAUACACCUGAGGAUAUUACUAGACAAAUUGGCGUGGAUGUAGAAAAACCUUUUGAAUAUACUGAUACCCACGAAAAGCCAUUUUCUGUAACUGCAUCACCAAGACCUCAGCGUCCUCCUAUACCUCCUGUCAAGCCUACACCUAUGCGAAGAAAACCUCUGCCUCCAAAUACUGUGACUGGUAAACCAGGGAGUCCAGCUAAAUCUGCUGGACCAACAACACCUGUGAGGACAGGAAUUCCAUCUAAGACACCAACAGCUUUUGCAACUCCAGAGUAUUAUGUCGAUGCAACUGUCUUCAGUUCAAGUCCUACAUCAGAAACAGAUUCUUCAGGCAAACCAAGGUACCAAGCCCCUCAUGUCAAGUACAUGAAGAAAGAUGAUGAUGUGCCUUGCUCUAUCACAAGCUCUCUUGAACAUUUUCCUCAAGAAGAGGCUAGCAUCAAGGAAGAACCUACUCGUCCUCCACAAAAUCCUCCAACCAACCUCACAGUGGUGACUGUUGAGGGCUGUCCAACUUUCGUCAUAUUGGACUGGGAAAAACCAGACAAUGACACUGUUACUGAGUAUGAAGUUGUGUCAACUGAAAACGGAGCAAGUGAUGGUGAAAAGGAGAAGUCAAUUAUCACUACAAAUCAAACCCAUUCUACGGUGGAAAACCUAAAACCUGACACAAGUUAUGAAUUCCAUGUGAAACCUAAAAACCCACUUGGUGAAGGUCCAAGUAGCAAUGUCGUGUCUUUCAGUACGGAAUCAGCGGACCCAAGAGUGAGUGAGCCGAUUUCAAUGGGAAAGGAUGCUAUCUGGACUGAAAUCCCAUUCAAUUCUGACACCUAUUCAGAAUGCAAAGGGAAACAGUAUGUAAAGAGGACUUGGUAUAAGAAGUUUGUGGGUGUGCAGCUGUGUAAUUCUUUGAGAUACAAGAUAUACCUCAGCGAUUCACUUACAG